UCUUCCAGAGGACAUAGGUUUGAUUUCCAGCACCCACGUUGCAGGUCACAGUCAUCUUUAACUCCAUUCUCAGAGGAUCUGACACCGUCUUCUGGCUUGCACAGGGACUGCAUGCAAGUGGUACACAGACAUAUGGGCAAGCCACCCAUACAUGAGACCCUUUGUCAAUAAUGAAAGAAUCAAUAGACAGUGGCAGGGGAGAAAGGAACCAGGACACAGACAAUCCCAACCAGUUAGCAAGAAAUUUCCAAAAAGGAACAGAUAAGAGUACAGGUUUUCUUCUGACACCAAGUGUGUCAUUUACCAGACAGCUCUGAGGUCACUGACACUAAGUGGACAUACAAGAGAGCCACUGAAUUGUGGCUCUGACAGUCACUCAGCAUAGACACGCCACCCCAGCCUUGUCCUCAGGUAAAGACUCCCUGUCACAAGAUCGCCAGCACUUUUCACCACAGGUGCAAAUGCACAAGGCCAUCCAACAUGUCUGACCUACCUGCUGGACACUGAGAUAUCCAAACUCCCUCUCUUUGUGUUAGUGUGAACUGAAGUUUCCGGGGGCAGCGUGGGGGGCAAGGCACGCAUAUGUCUAAAGAGUCUACCAGGCCAAUUGACUGAUUAGAAUUCCGUGACUGUGACGAGUUGGAACAUUGCCAAUCAGAGCCAAGAUAAUCUUAGACUAGUUUAAGUCCCCUUAAUAGACACUCACUGCCCACCUGUGUCUGACUUAAUGCUCUUUUGAUUGCCAGGUUAAAAAAAAAUCUCUGGAAUAUAUUAACUUAGCAGACCACUCGCUUCCAUCAACCAACACUAAGAAUUUCUCAUCGGAGAGCAUCUGGGAGUGCAACAGAGUUUGGUUGCUUCGCUGUCCCGCUCCUACCCAGCCUUCCCACUGAGUAUUCCGGACAACCUGAAUCUGCGUCCCUGGGUCGCCGUCACUCCUAGCUGGCUCCAGCAUGCACUGUCCCCUGCUCCCUUUGAAGUGAGAGGGGUGCUUCGCAUUGGGAUGGUUUCACCGGCCAGCUCAGGACCCUCAGAUGAGAGGACCUGACACUUGACUGUCAUCAGAUGAGACGGUGAAAGCAGAAAGAUCUGGAGUUUGAGGCUAGCCAGGGCUACAUGAGACUCUACAAAAAACAGCAAGGAGAAGUGGAGGUUGGUGAUGUGUUCAAACACAUAAGCUCUUAUAAAGGGAAGGCCAUACAGUGGUAGCACCCUACGGGCCACAGAAGGAGCCUCCCCACCAAGCUCACCCAGUUCUUAGAAAUGAGACCAAACCAGGCCUUUAUGUUAAAGGACAAUUCAAACCAUGAAAACAAUGACCAGUCGUAAGUCACUGUGGGUGCUGCUGUUCAUAGUUAUCUUCUGGGUCUCGUUCACGGUUUUCAGAAACCCAUCGAAGAUACGGGUUCAGUUCAAGUUGCCUGUGUCCUUCAGUCGCUGGAAUUUGGUCACAACAUCCUCAUCCCCUAUAGUGCCUCUGAACCUACCAGUUUCUCCAAAAGGGACAGAGCUGAGAGUCAGAGAAGUCCUAGAGAAACUAGACCAACAGAUCCCUCCCAGGCCUUUUACCCACCUCAACACCACCACCAGUGCCACACACAGCACAGCCACCAUCCUCAACCCUCGAGACACACACUGUGGGGACAAGCUGGAUGUGCUGUUGGAAGCCAGGGACCACCUGGGACGCAGGAAGGAGUAUGGUGGAGACUUCCUGAGGGCCAGGAUGUCCUCCCCAGCCCUGAAGGCAGGAGCUUCUGGAAAGGUGACAGACUUCAACAAUGGCACCUACCUGGUCAGCUUCACUCUGUUCUGGGAGGGCCCGGUGGCCCUGUCUGUCCUGCUCAUCCAUCCCAGUGAAGGGGUGUCAGCUCUCUGGAGAGCAAGGAAACAGGGCUAUGACAGAGUCAUCUUCACCGGCCAGUUUGUAAAUGGAACCUCUCAGGUCCACACUGAGUGUGCCUUGGUUCUAAACUCAAGUGUCGAGCUGUGCCAAUAUCUGGAUGCCCAGGAUCAAGAAGCGUUCUACUGUGUGAAGCCUCCAAAUGUACCCUGUGCGGCUCUCACCCACAUGCAUUCAAAGAACAAAGAAGUUUCCUAUCUUAGUCAGCAAGAGAGGAGCCUCUUUGAAAGGUCAAAUAUAGGUGUGGAGAUUAUGGGAAAAUCCAAUGUGAUUAGUGUCUCCAAAUGCAACAAAGAAGCUGUUCCAGCAAAAGAGAGAUGCAAGCUCGGGAAGGCAUCUGCAGUCCCCAGUGGACAUGUCUGGAAAAACACCUGGACUCCAGCCUCCUGUAGUUUGGCUCCGAUCAAAAUGAAGGACUGCCUGAGAGGAAAAUUCAUCCAUCUGAUGGGUGAUUCCACAAUCCGCCAGUGGAUGGAAUACUUCAAAAGCAGUAUCAACACACUGAGGUCUGUGGAUCUGCAUGAGACUGGAAAACUGCAACACCAACUCGCUGUGGACUUGGAUGAAAACAUCAACAUCCAGUGGACAAAACAUGGUUAUCCCCUUAUUGGGUCAUUGGUCUACUCUGUCAAAGAGAUGGAGUACAUUGCACGGAUAAUUGACAGAACUGGAGGAGAGAAAAACACGGUCAUUGUCAUUUCUCUGGGUCAGCAUUUCAGACCUUUCCCCAUUGACCUUUUCAUCCGAAGGGCCAUCAAUGUCCACAAAGCUCUUCAGCGUCUUCUCCUGAGAAGCCCAGACACUAUGGUUGUCCUCAAAACAGAAAACAUCAGGGAGAUGAGCAGUGAGGUGGAAAGAUUUAGUGACUUCCAUGGUUACACCCAGUACCUUGCCUUAAAAGAUAUUUUCCAGGAUCUCAAUGUGGGUGUCAUUGAUGCCUGGGAUAUGACAAUUGCAUAUGGCACAAAUGACGUCCAUCCACCACAGCAUGUGGUUGGAAGUCAAAUUAAUAUAUUCUUAAAUUAUAUUUGCUAGCAAACACAUAACUCUGAAAGUCACUCAUUGAAGUUCAAAGAUGCAGUGAAUUCUGCUGGUGUGUCAGAUACCAGGAUGUCCCAGUUAGUUCAAGGAGUUAGUCUGCACUGUGGUCCAUGUGAUUCACCCAGUUCAGCCUGACAAGGCCCUAGACUGGGCUUCUGCUUCAAGUUGAAGCUCAAAAGAAUCAAUGAAUGAUCCUCCCUUUUUUGAUCAGGUCCUCUCUUUUCUGAUCAGAGCCACACUGCUCUUCAUCAAUGGGAAGUUAGGAUUCCCUUGGGUGAGACCUUCUCCCUGUUGCUGUGAGUCCAGGAAAAUGAAGUAAUUUUGUAUAAAAAUUUUAAAGGUCUUUGAUUCAAUUUGUAAAUAAUUUUGUGGAGACUUUUUACAUCCAUGUUCAUCAGGGAAAUUGUUCUGUACUUUUUUCUUGGUUGUGUCUCAAAGUUUGACAUCAGGACAAUAUAGACUUCAGAGAAAGAGUUAGGUAUUGUUCCUUCUGUUUGUGAUUGGUGGAUGGGUCUGAGAAGCAUUGGUUAGGUUUUCUUUAAAAGUUCAUAGUAUCCAGUAGUGAAUCUGUCCAGACCUGAACUUUUCUUUGGAGAGAGACCUUUAAUUAUCACUUCAGUCUCAUAACUUAUUAUGGGUCUGUUUAAAUUGUUUCUAAUUCCUAGGUUUAGUUUUGAUAAACCAUAUACAUUUAGAAAUUUGUCUUUCUUCUAGGCUUUCCAGAUUUUUUGGAAAAUAAGAUUUUGGAUCAACCAAAACAAAAUAUGCAUGGAAACACUACCUUGAAAAAUAAUAUUUUGUAAUUUUAGAACAAAAAUAAAAUAAAAUUUUUAUAUGAAAAACAUAUAAAAAUAGGAGUGAAUAUGGAAGAUAUUUUAGUGAAU